AUGGCGGUGAAAUCGAAAACAGGAGCGCUCAGCCAGCUCGACAACCUGAUGGACGGGAUCGAAGAGUUUAUUGGAAACAACGCUGUCGAGGACGAAGCGGCAGAGUCGCACAGGCCUGCACGCGACACCGCAGACGCUCAUUUGUAUAGUGAUUCAAACAGCGAGAAUUUAAUGUCAAGUACCUUAAGCACCACCGCAACUGCGACUCCCACUGUUGAAGAAGGGGGCGUGAGCGUCCCUGAGCAGCUCGGCCGCGAAAAUGCAGGUUCGAACGCCACGUCUGAAGAGGAUGGGAGCAAGAGUGCCGAGGGCGUGGAGAGCGUGGAUAGCCGUAAGAUUCGCAACUCCCAGGCUUUACCUGCGACGGCUGCUUCAGACAAACCAUCCGAAAUUGAAGCCAGAGAAACUGAACCAUUGCCAAUCGAAAAUACUAAUAAAAAAAGCUGUACGGUUCAAACAAACACGGGGGAAGCUGAAGAUCGCGGGAAACCGGUUGUUGAGCUGUCAGAGAAUGAACCUGCCAACAAGCAAAGUGAGAAAGUUUCAACCCCCAUACUGAAAAAGACUGAAACUGCCAUGGGUUCUGGCGAUUCUGAAACGGUGGCGACUCAAUCACCCACCGCUGAAACUAUAGAGAUUAAGACCCCAACAAUUGAGCCUAGUGGAAGUGAAAUUUUGGACGACACAAACCACACGAGCCCAACACUCACAACUGAGAACACUGAAGCUGAUAGCAGUGUGACACCCGAUACGAAUACAACUAGCACAAAAGAGUUGUCCAUGGCCUCGCGAGACAAACCAGGCCUCAUUAGCCUGAAGACCCUGACCGAAACUGGUACUCUACCCGGAAAAGAAGCAAGUUCGAGAGCAGAGAGACAGGGACUGUUCAGCCUUGCCGAAUUAUCCAAGUCGAAGAAGUCCUCCCGCGAUUUUGACGAUACACAGGAGCAUGCUAAGGUAACCGAGUCACCCGUUGUCACUCAGGAGUCUGUAGAUACCUCGCAAGAUGACAAUCAGUUCGAGGAAGAGAUCUCGUCCCCAAAGAGCGACGAGUCGAAGACCUUUCCUGUGGAGCGCGGUUCUCUAUUAACUCUCGACGAUCUUAAGUCAGGUGCUAUGCCAAAGUCGUUAAUAGACGCGGGCUUCAAGGACUUUAUCUCCUCAGAUGGCAACGGUUCUUUGGUGACGUUGAAACACUUGGCAGAGAUGACGUCUGAGCCGCUUCGCCAAGAUGUUUCGGAAGAGUCCAAAACGGUGGAGACCGUUGCACCAGAGGCUGAAACUGCCGCACGCCAGGCUGAACCACCAGCCAAGUCCACUGCAGCCACGGUGGCAGCAGAAAUCGAGGAUCUGCUGCGUGAAAUGCAAGACGAGGAACCGUCAAAGCCGUUACAGGGCUCACCGUUCAUACAGACGACACGCGAAUCUUCGGCGACUAAGGAACUUCGUGCCUUGCUCAAAGAUGAACCCGUAUACGUGUACACAUCUCUGGCCGGAGGAGGCUACCAGAUGCCUUCACGGACUAACCGGUUGGCCCACAUUCUGAGCGCGAACGAGGUCAAAUUCACGUACCGCGAUUUGGGCACUGAUGAUGAGGCCCGUCAGGUCUGGAAACGGUACGGUCGCGGGCGUAGCUUGCCGGGCGUGGUUCGUGGUCGCGACGAUAUCAUCGGUAAUUGGGAAGAAAUGGACGAAGCCAACGAAGAACAUCGGGUGCGAGAAUUGAUCUACGAAACCCUGUGA